AGUUAUUGAGCUCAUUUAAAAGACAACAAAAGCUGUCGUUUUUGCAUCCUGAAUGUGGUUUUAGCCUAAUUAAUGGUGUUCUUGAGAGAAUGCUGUUGUCUUCACUUCCUGUCAUAAUGCGGACCCGUGGUGAUGGGAAGUUCUGUCAAUCAAAUGUAAAGGGGAGCAGAAGAGGAAGCAACACUUUUAACAGACGGGCUUAGUAGAUUACGCUGGAUGAGUUUUAACUCUGAGCGGAGACAAUAGAAACAGUUCCUCUCUUUGUGUCUUCAACAUGAAGUUAAUAUAUUGUAUGUUUAUCAUCCAACUGAGCUGUCUAUGUCAAGCCUCACAAAACUCCUCUCAAACAGAGCCCACUCACGUCCCGGGUGGGGCAGAGGAAGAGGAAUCCAACAGUGACCCUCACAUCCACAAACUCUCCGGUAAAUGCAGCUUCACGCUCAGGAUGCCUGGAAACAGCAGCAGCGAUGCAGUUCCUGUAACAUCAGACUCUGUAGAUACAUUGGUGGAACAGAUCUGUCAGGAUCUGAAUUGUGGCAGCGUCUUUCAUGUGAAUAAAAUCAGCUCAUCUUCUGGAAUCACCUGCUUCAGCGACUGUUUGUACGGAGAUGGACGAUUGAAGAACUGUUCACAGAGUGUGGGAGGAAACUGCUCGGUGAUAUCUGAGGCUGUUUGUGGCCACAAUGCCACCAGGCUAGCAGGAGGGCCAGACCGCUGUGCUGGACGGGUAGAGUUGUGGAGAGAUGGAAGGUGGGGCACUGUGUGUGACGACCAGUGGGACCUUCAGGAUGCUGACGUGGUGUGCGCCCAGCUAGGCUGCGGAUACGCCAUCAGUGUGACGGGACAGGGCGGCUCCUUUCCCCCCGGCGGAGGACCCAUCCACCUGGAUGAACUGAACUGUACAGGCAAAGAGGAUUACCUGUGGGCCUGCCCGUCUGCACAGGGCGAGACCGACUGUGGACACAAGGAGGAUGCUGGAGUCGUGUGUUCAGAGAUGAGAGCGCUCAGACUGACUGGAGGUCUGGACCACUGUUCGGGUAAAGUGGAGAUCCACCGUAACGGCAGCUGGGGGACAGUGUGUGAUAACUGCUGGAAUGAGAAGAUGGGCUCCACGGUUUGCUCCAUGCUGCAGUGUGGGGCCAAAACGAAGAAGGUCUCUCAGUUUACCCCUCCUCUCGUCCACAACAACGGGACACUGUGGUUCUAUCAGUGUGCUGCAGGUGUGAAGGAUCUGUGGCAGUGCAGGGAGCUCAUCAACAAUACCAACCUGUGUUUAUCAUCAAAAGCUUCUGGUGUCAUCUGUGAAGGUUCCCUCGGGUUUCCUAACGUAAGCACAGCCACUGCAGUUUAUGAAUCUAUGACUCCUUCAACCACCGGUGUAACUCCCAUCAGUUCUUCUGGAAGCUUCUCCUUCUCGUCCAUAGCGUUCCUCUGCGCCAUCGCUGUGUCUCUGCUGCUCCUUUUGCUUCUGAUCAUAAACACGAUGCUCUGCUGCAGUUACAGAAAAAAAAACGUGUUCUUGCUCCAGCAGUCCCACGCCAACCAACGACAUCCCUCUGAACAACACCACAAAAGCCACCAAGACUCAGUCAACCUCGUCAAAGUAACCGCCAACACACCUCAGACGGACGGUGAGAAGCUGAAUAUUUCUAUCCCCUCCCACCCCAGGUAUCUUUGGACGCAGCUUAGUAGUGUUGACAGCACUUCAGUAGAUACAGACUAUGAGCAGUAUGAGCUGAACAAUGAGCCGUCAGUCCCUUUAUCAACCUUUCGGAAUUCUCAGCGGUACAAAACUGAUGAGAACCCUUUGAUGAAGCCCUCGGGUCUUGAAAGUCUGUGUGAGGAAGGUCCUGAAUCGGGAAAUGAAGUGAUGAGAGUCUUUACCGACUGUAAUGGUGGCCCCAUAGAGGCUCAGUAUGCCCGAGUGUCAAAAAUAUCAAUGGACUCGUUUGAUGACUCGUGCACAUCCUCUGAGGAGUCCUACCAAAACACAAACAACGGCUACACCAUGGUCACAACCGAAGUGGGACCUAGCCAGUCUUCAGAUCUCAGUGGCCCUUUCAUGCCUGUCAGCAGCGGUGAUCAACAUUACUCCAGAACAACACAGCAACAACGUUUAGGUGAUGAAGAUGAUGGCCCCAUUUACUCGGCUGUGAGCCCUGAAGACAACCCUUCAACUGAGGAUGACUACGAUGAUAUUGACUGUAUGUCGUAAAGAGAGGAAGUGCUGUUUGUAAAAUGUUCAGUUUUAAGACUGCACAGAGAGGGAGCAUGAACUGAAAGAAAGACUGAAACUGAGAAAACCUUUUAAAGGUUAAAACAAACGCACACAGUCAUAUGUACCCUGAUACUUUGCAUUCAUAUAAUGUCUUCACUUUGAUAACACAUCAUAUUGCUGAGAAUUGAAUAAAAAUAGACUUAAAUGUA